GACGUCUCUGGCAUACGUCUGGCUUUUGCGUCGGCUCGCAUUGCGCCUCCUUCGACGACACCCCCGGCAGCCCGCCCCGACCGUCUCUCGUUCCGUGCUCCCGACCUCAUUUCGCCCGUUACGACCGCUCCAGCCCGCACCCCGUCGACCCUCGUCCUACUUCGACUCUUACCCUAAUCUACACUAUACGCUGCUCUGCCCUGAGCGUGACCUGCCAUUGUCACCGCCAACCCCGCUUAGCGACACCGCGUCGUCGCCUUUGACCCACUGCCCGGGCGCGUCGACCGACGCCAGCCUCCUCCAACAACUCCGAAACAUCAAAACCUCUGUCACCUGUCACGUCGCUCAACAUGUCGAGUCCGCUGCCGCCGCCGGAGGGCCAUCGCGACCGCCUCCCCACCCUCUAUGAGGUCCUCAGCCGUCGCACCUCGGCCCCUGUGGACCUCUUCUUCUUUUACAUCUACAUGCGCGACCAGCAACGGUCGGUGGACUACCUGGAUUUCUGGCUAGAUGUCUCGCAGCACAUGGCUCUAUGCCGUCACUAUGUUCGCGAACUCCGUCGGACCAACCUGGUAGCCACUCCGGAACUGGAAAAGGCCGGAAGUAAGCGUUCGUCUGCGGUGCUGGAGAACAUUCCGGACUUCGCAGGCCCGUCGACGGAGAAGGACAAGACGCCGGAACAGCGUCUGUCGGCCUUCUUGCGAUCGGAGGACGUCACGAGGCACCACUCCCCGCAGAACAGCGUCGACACCGCCAACUCGACGCCGGGAGAGAUGCCGCGCCCGAGUUUCAUGAACUCCGACAACAGCUCGCCGAUGCACGACACGUCGCCCGCGCAGGCGUCUGUCUCUCCUGGCCACACCGUUACGCGCACGGACAUCCGCGCCUCGGCUGAGAAGAUCCUGUACACCUAUCUUCUUCCGGGCUCAGAGCGCGAGAUCAUUCUGCCGCAGGGCAUUUUGAAUGAUAUAACUAACAACAUCGAGGUCGAGAAGCGCGAUGACCCCGAGGUUUUCGACACGGCCAAGGACUACGUCUUCCAGGCCAUGGAGCGCGAUGCGUUCCCCGGAUUCCUGCGCGCCAAGGCCUUUGGCAACCUCGUUCCCCCGAGCAUGAUGGUGCGCCUGAUCAUUGGCCUGCUGAGCCUUUUCGGUGGUUUCUGGGCCGCCUUCUGUCUAAUCUUCCUGAACUACUCCCGGUCGACCAGGUGUUGGUUAAUUCUCCCCUUCACCAUUGGUGUCUACGCGCUUGCGACCCACCAGUACAUGCUGGACCCGUUCCUUGUGUUCGCUAGCAAGAGUGAGACGACCUUCGGAAACUUCGGUAGGAUCCGCGAGCCCUUCGUCAAGAAGCUGCUCAUGAAGCGCGCCAUCAUGGUCCUGCUGAACACGAUCCUCGCCGACGCCGCACUGUGCUGUCUCUUCAUCUUCGUUCCCGGCAAGCGUCUGUGAGCGCGUCUCCUCUCGGUGCUGGGUAGGCCUGACAUUGCCUCUCACCCGGCACCCUUUUCGUUUCUUUUAACCCUCUGGGCUCUUGGUCGACACCCCAGCUGCAUCACUACGAACUGGAUUCACGGGCCUUUCUUCUCGUUACCGGAGUGGCUUCGCUUCUUUGCGCCGGGUACCUUAUUGGUCUUUCAGCACCUCCCUUAGCGUUCACGAGGGAGUACCCGCGGCGCUAGCCUUGCGCACCCGGCACCCGGCCCACGAUGCUUCUCGACCUUUACACACAUUUCCUCUUUCCCGGCCCACGGAGGCGGCAGGCCGUCUCGCUCGUCUACCUCCCCGCAACCCAACCCGACCGCCUCGCGAGAUUACCGGCGUUUUGUACUAUAUACCCUUUUUAGUUUUUUUUUUUUUUUUUUUUUUUUUUUUU